CGCACCCCCCCAGCCUUGAGGUGCCCAGCCAACACCGUCUACCAGAGCUGCAUGAGCCCAUGCCCAGCGUCCUGUGCCCACCCCGAUGCACCCCUGCACUGCCCUGGGCCCUGCGUGGAGGGCUGCGCCAGCCUCCCGGGCUUCGUCUUCAGCGGUGCCCAGAGCCUGCCCCCUGGCCCGCUGUGGCUGCAAGGCACAAGGCAUCUAUUAUCAGCAGGGGGACAGUUUUGUGUCAGAGGACUGUGCCCAGCGCUGCACCUGCAUCAGCUCUGGCGUCCUGAACUGUGUGCCCUUGGGCUGCCGCGAUGGGGAGGUCUGCACCCUGGGGAACCUCACUCGAGGCUGCUUCCGAGAAGGCCCAUGCCUGCAGAACCCCUGUCAGAAUGAUGGGCAGUGUCUGGAGCAGGGGGACCACUUCACCUGUGAAUGUGAACUGGGGUAUGGGGGAGACCUCUGUGAGGAGCCUCAGGAUGUGCCACCCCCCCCAAAAGCCAGGUAAGCACUUUGUACCUGGCUCUGUAG